GUGAUUGGCCAGAGAUCGGAAAGUGAAACUCGACCUAUUUUCCCCUCAUUGCUUUUUCUCUGGCUGUAGACAAAUUUUUUUGCUCUGCUUCAGGCCGAUCCUAAGUAAGAAAGAGUUGAACCUGCCCAAAGCAAACGGUUCCUGACAACUCCGAGGAGACGGUUGUGGUAUCAGCUCUAACCAGGAGAGUGACAACUGUCGUGCAGCCUAUUCCGCCCCACCCCUGCCUCACAACUCCACUGAAGAAUGUCUCAGUGGUAUGAACUACAACAACUUGACUCCAAAUUCCUAGAGCAAGUACAUCAACUCUAUGAUGACAGUUUUCCUAUGGAAAUUAGACAAUAUCUGGCCCCUUGGUUGGAAAAGCAAGACUGGGACCAUGCUGCCAUUGAUGUCUCCUUUGCCACAGUAUGUUUUCAUGAGCUUCUCUCUCAGUUGGAUGAUCAAUAUAGCCGCUUCUCUCUGGAGAAUAAUUUUUUGUUACAACACAAUAUAAGGAAAAGCAAACGUAAUCUUCAGGAUAAUUUUCAGGAAGAUCCAAUACAAAUGUCUAUGAUCAUCUCUAAUUGUCUGAAGGAAGAAAGGAAGAUCCUGGCAGCUGCCCAGCAAUUUGACCAGGCUCAUAUGGGGAAUAUUCAGAAUGCUGUGAUGCCUGGCAAACAGAAAGAGAUUGGACUGCAAGUCAAAAAUGUGAAAGAUAGAGUUAUGGACAUAGAACAAGAGAUAAAGGUGCUAGAAGAUUUACAAGAUGAACGUGAUUUUAAAAUCAAAACCCUUAGUAAUAGAGAGCAUGAUCACUUUGGUACAGCAACAAAUGAACAUAAGCAGGAAAAGAUGUUAAUCCAAAAGAUGUACUUAAUGCUGGAUCAGAAAAGAAAGGAAGUUGUGCAGAAAAUAAUAGAACUCUUGAAUGCGACAGAACUUAUCCAGAAUGUUUUGCUUAAUGAAGAACUGGUGGAAUGGAAGCAAAGACAGCAGAGUGCAUGUAUUGGAGGACCUCCCAAUGCUUGCUUGGAUCAGUUACAGAACUGGUUCACUAUUGUUGCUGAAAGUCUUCAACAGGCACGCCAACAGCUUAAAAAACUAGAGGAAUUGGAACAGAAAUACACUUAUGACUUGGAUCCUAUCCCCAAAAACAAAGACAUUCUACGUGACCGAACUUUAAGUCUUUUCAAGCAGCUUAUUCAGAGCUCAUUUGUGGUAGAAAGACAGCCUUGUAUGCCAACUCAUCCACAGAGGCCAUUAGUCCUGAAGACUGGAGUACAAUUCACUGUGAAACUGAGGUUGCUGGUAAAAUUACAGGAACUGAAUUAUAAUUUGAAAGUGAAAGUCUUAUUUGACAAAGAUGUAAAUGAGAAGAAUACAGUGAAGGGGUUUAGGAAAUUCAACAUUUUGGGGACACACACAAAAGUGAUGAACAUGGAGGAGUCUACUAAUGGAAGUUUAGCAGCAGAAUUUAGACAUCUGCAAUUAAAAGAACAGAAAAAUGCAGGCACCAGAACUAACGAGGGUCCUCUCAUUGUUACUGAAGAGCUUCACUCCCUUAGCUUUGAGACUCAGUUGUGCCAACCUGGCUUGGUAAUUGAUCUAGAGACAACCUCUCUGCCUGUUGUUGUUAUUUCCAACGUUAGCCAGCUUCCCAGUGGAUGGGCAUCCAUUCUAUGGUACAACAUGCUAACAACAGAACCCAAGAAUUUGUCCUUCUUUCUGAACCCACCAUGUGCAAAAUGGUCUCAACUUUCAGAGGUGUUGAGCUGGCAGUUUUCCUCUGUCACAAAAAGAGGACUUAAUUUAGAACAGCUGAACAUGUUAGGCGAGAAGCUCCUAGGCCCUAAUUCCUCUACCACUGAUGGUCUUAUUCCUUGGACCAGAUUCUGUAAGGAAAAUAUAAAUGACAAAAAUUUUUCUUUCUGGCUUUGGAUUGAAGGAGUCCUUGAACUCAUUAAAAAGCAUCUAAUUUCUCUCUGGAAUGAUGGCUGUAUUAUGGGCUUUAUAAGUAAGGAGCAGGAACGGGCACUGCUAAAAGAUCAGCUGCCAGGGACAUUUCUGCUGAGGUUCAGUGAAAGCAGUCGGGAUGGAGCCAUCACUUUCACUUGGGUAGAGGGAACCCAAAAUGAUCCUGUGUUUCAUGCAGUUGAACCGUACACCAAAAAAGAACUCUCUGCUGUUACUUUUCCUGAUAUCAUUCGGAAUUACAAAGUCAUGGCUGCAGAGAAUAUCCCUGAAAAUCCUCUGAAGUUUCUAUAUCCGAAUAUUGAUAAAGACCAUGCUUUUGGGAAAUACUACUCUAGGCCAAAGGAAGCCCCAGAGCCAAUGGAAGUUGAUGGCCCGAAAGGAACGGGAUACAUCAAGACUGAACUAAUUUCUGUAUCUGAAGUUCAUCCCUCCAGGCUUCAGAGCACAGAAAACCUUCUUCCUAUGUCUCCUGAAGAUUUUGAUGAGUUUUCCCGGAUAGUGGGCCAUGUAGAACUCAACAAUGUGAUGAAUGCAACUCUCUAAUAUUUGAAUGUCGUUCAUCGCUUCCCAAUCAAACUCGCGUGCUCUUCUCUGACUUACUCCCACCACUCUGCUCCUCCACAGCCUAGGUUUUUAGAGAAAGGAAAAUCAUGUUAAUGAGUUUGCUUCCAAGUGAAUUUUUUCUUAUCUCAAAAACACGCAUGUUACCCCGACGGUCUACACCAGUCUCAUCGAAGGUAAAGCUGAUAUGCCUAUGCAUUCAAUAUGGAGCAAGGGUAGGGGGUCUUUUGAAGGGAACCUAACAAAGUGCUGUGCACAUAGUGGGGGCCGAGUAACGAUCUGGUGGCAGUAACAGGUCAAGUAUUUAUAGAGAGAAUUUUUGGUGUGGCACUAGUAAUUUUUUCUACAUUGGAAAAAAAAGGUUUAUUUUAAUGGUUCAAGGACAAUCUCCAGGUUGUCAGUAUGGUAGGUCUGUCCCCCUUCUUUUCCCCUAUCCCAUACACAGUGUUACAUUUAUGAAGCUAUCUUUGAAAAGAUAAAUGACCACAACUCUAUGGCAUUUGGAAACUUUGAUAAACCACUUACCAAAUGUAGGCAGAACAUAGCAGAAGCUGCCUACCUUCUGGACACGUUUCUCCAACCUCCAAUCUCCUGCUUUAAAAAGUGCCAUAUUGUAUGAAGUUUGCCAGACCAGCCAUUUAAAAUUAAUACGAUAAAUUAACAUUUGUUGAUGGAAUCAACUGCAUGUUUGGGUUAAAGUUAAUGGUAAGUCUCCAGCUAAUGUCCACCAAGGUCAAGUACGUGUAGUAAGUUCAUAAAUAGCAUUUCUGGCGGAAGUUGAGUGGCUCAGUGGAUUGAGAGCCAGGCCUAGAGAUGGAAGGUCCUGGGUUCAAAUCUGGCCUCAGAUACUUCCCAACUGUGUGACUCUGGGCAAGUCACUUGACCCCCACUGCCUAACCCACUCUUCUGUCUUGGAGCCAAUACACAGUGUUGACUCCAAGAUGGAAGGUAAGGGUUUAAAAAAAUAGUGUUUCUGUUUCUGUGUGUCCUUACAACACUUUAAAAGAGUUUCUCUCUUCAUAGUGGUUAGAAAUGAACAUGCUUUUGCAUUUCUAAUCAGGUUGUUAAGGCUCAGUAAAUACUUUACUACAUCAGCACUUGUAGUCUGGGCCAGAGGCCAUUAUUCAUAAAAAUAACGAACAUUGAUGAAAACUGUAGUUAUAAAUAAACAAGUUAAUAAGUUGGAUCAGCAGCAACUAGUGUUUGAUCUCUUAGCUAUCAAAUAUAGACUUAAUGGUUUAUGUGGGAAGCCAAAUUAGAGACCUAAAAGCAACAGUACCUGAAUGGAAACACUAUCUAGAACUUGACUAAUAAUGAAAUUUACAAUCAAAUCUGUAAUGGUGGGAAAUGUUUGCUUUCUAGUGAUAACACCACUGGAACAGAGUUAUGUUAAUUUUAUUUUCCUUUUUAAGUGAAAAUGUUAGAUUGUUUCCAUUGUUUUCUGCCUACACUAGCAAUGAAAUGAAAAGUUACAAUUUGGGGGAGGGAGAGAGAGAAACAAUAAUUUUUAACUCUGUGAAACUUACCUGAAAGAAAAUAUAUCUACUUGACCUUUUUAACUGUAUCUCACUGUCUGUAUAUUUAACUGUAUCAUCAUUACAACUGUUUUUCUUGUGGUCAUCAAUAUUUCUUUAAACCAAUUUAAAAACAACAACAAA